UCCAAGUUUGGGUUUGUUAAUUCGAGUACACGCAGACUUAACUGUUUACUUGCUGUCAACAGGCCUCAUUGAGCCAUAUCAAAAUGACGUCGACUCCUAGAGAUAAACCGAAGCGAACUAUUAAAUUGGAGCCUCAGUCGCCGUGCCUUGAAUUGACGGAUAUCAAGCCGCGUGAUAUACGCGUGAUAAAAAAGGAAUUGCUCUGCCAGACACCUCCUGCAUUAGGCUUUUCUGAGAAAAGCGCAUUGCAACUGAAGCUAGAAAAAAAGGAGCAGCUUAGCAUCAAAAAAGAUCAGCCUGGCAUUAGUAGGAGGAAGAACAAGAAGCCAGCGGCAUCACGGGCACAGUCCGAACUGGAGGAUGGCGAGGUGUCUGGUGACGAUGGCGAGGAGCUGCUGCCCGUUUGCCGUUUCUAUCUGCGCAAUAGCUGCACUUGGGGCAACAGCUGCCGCUUCAGGCAUCCGGGAGCCACAGAUCUGGGCAACUAUGUCAUGUUCGAGCGCGUUAAAUUGCCAGUGGCGCCUUCCCUGUAUGACGCCAUGGGCACUCAUAUUUAUAGCGAGCUGCCGCCGCCGCCAGACUGGCUUGGCUAUCCGCCGGAGCUGGGCCCAGAACUCGAGAGCUCCUUCGAUAGAAAUUUGCACAGUCUCAAGCAGAUAAUGCGACAGGCUGGCUAUAAAGUGGGCAGCUCGGUUACGCGCCGUCACAAGCAUCAGCCCUGGGUGGAAUUCAACGACCUGGACACCGAUCCGUACUACACGCAUCAGGUCGAGCUGUCCGAUGAUCAACUUAAGGAACGCUCGCCCCUUCUGGCAACGCGGCUCUACAAAAAUCGUGGAACCGGCUGUAGCUCAACCCCAAACGACCGCUGCCGAUGGCCAAAUGAUCCGGGCAGACAGGUGAGACUCGAAUAUAGCAGCCCCAGCAGCAGCAGCACACCCGAUUAUUCAUCCACAACCAACUCGACGAGCUCUUCGUCUGCGACAACAAUGUCACCUGCCAAUGCUUGCAAGCGCAAGCUCUACCGACAGCUGAAGGCAGCCCAAAGAGAAGUAUCCUAUACGCCCAAAAAAGGUGGCUAUAGGCCCGGUAUGAAGAAUGUCCUGCGUGCUCCACGCAAGGGUCGUCGGUUCAGCAGCAGCAGCUCAUCCACAGACAGUGAUUCGUCUAGCUACGGCUCCAGCACACACACCUCGGAGCUGAGCUCCUCCUCGAUGGAUAUGCCUAGCGAUAACAUCGAACAUAACCAGAAUUCAAAGAAAAGACUCAGAGGUAGGGAACCUCCGUUAAAAAAGCGCAAAUGCCUGACAGCAAAACUACAAGAGGUAGACAGAAAAAUCGCUAAUAGAAGAAGAGAUUAAAUCCAGAGCAAAAGUGCCUGAAUACUCGAAAUAUAAAUUGAUUGAUAGAUCAUUUUCUUUAUUAACUAAGCUCAUCCCUUUUGAAUUGUUGAAUAACAUUACUUAUCCCUUACAAAUUCGUUGAAUUCUUAAGAA